AUGUAUCUUGAAGCUCCCAAGGUUCGAAUAUUUGGAAAGGACACCUUGAAGGAUCAUUUUCCGAACAAGGUGAAAAUAAAACUCACGUACUGUCCUUUACUCCGUAAAAUCCACAACUUCAACACAGGUCAAUGGCUCGCUAAACUGGCCAUGGUACCCACCAACAAAGCAUGA